UGGCUGGGGGCGUGUCCGCGGGCAAGCGGGAGCCAGAGGCCGGGGGCUCUCUGGGCCGCGCCUGAGGCGGACGUAACGGGGCCGGGGGGCAGCAGGGUGGGCGCCACGGCUGGCCCGGGUGGAUGGAGUUGGAGGGGCGGAGUGCAGGCGGUGUGGCGGGGGGACCAGCGGCUGGGCCCGGGCGGAGCCCCGGGGAGUCGGCGCUGCUGGACGGGUGGCUGCAGCGGGGCGUGGGCCGGGGGGCCGGCGGCGGGGAGGCCGGGGCCUGCAGGCCCCCGGUUCGGCAGGAUCCAGACUCUGGACCGGACUACGAGGCGCUGCCCGCUGGAGCUACUGUCACCACGCACAUGGUGGCGGGUGCUGUGGCAGGGAUCUUGGAACAUUGCGUGAUGUAUCCCAUCGACUGCGUCAAGACCCGGAUGCAGAGUCUACAGCCUGACCCAGCUGCCCGCUAUCGCAAUGUGUUGGAGGCCCUCUGGAGGAUUAUAAGAACGGAGGGCCUAUGGAGGCCCAUGCGGGGGCUGAACGUCACAGCAACAGGCGCAGGGCCUGCCCACGCCCUCUAUUUUGCCUGCUACGAAAAGUUGAAAAAGACAUUGAGUGAUGUAAUCCACCCAGGGGGCAAUAGCCAUAUUGCCAAUGGUGCAGCCGGGUGUGUGGCAACAUUACUUCAUGAUGCAGCCAUGAAUCCAGCAGAAGUGAUCAAGCAGAGAAUGCAGAUGUACAACUCACCAUAUCACCGGGUGACAGACUGUGUACGGGCAGUGUGGCAAAAUGAAGGGGCCGGAGCUUUUUACCGCAGCUACACCACCCAGCUAACCAUGAAUGUUCCCUUCCAAGCCAUUCAUUUCAUGACCUAUGAAUUCCUGCAGGAGCACUUUAACCCUCAGAGACGGUACAACCCCGGCUCCCAUGUUCUCUCUGGAGCCUGUGCAGGAGCUGUAGCUGCUGCUGCCACAACCCCACUGGACGUUUGCAAAACACUGCUCAACACCCAGGAAUCCCUGGCUUUGAACUCAAACAUUACAGGACACAUCACAGGCAUGGCUAGUGCCUUCAGGACGGUAUAUCAAGUAGGCGGGGUGACCGCCUACUUCCGAGGAGUACAGGCUAGAGUAAUUUACCAGAUCCCCUCCACAGCCAUUGCAUGGUCUGUGUAUGAGUUCUUCAAAUACUUAAUCACUAAACGGCAAGAAGAGUGGCGGGCAGGCAAGUGACGGAGCACCAAGCAAAGCCAGGGGUUCAGACAGCACUGUUGCAUCCUGCCUUCCAGCCAUAUUCUUUCUGCUGACACGCUCUAGCCUUGAGUAGAGUUGGAAGAAAGGUAGAAGGCUCUCCAGGCUCUUGGGUUUGGCUAACACCAGUUCCUGCCAUCCUCUGUUGCUGCUGCCACCUUUCCUUCCAGGCCCUAAGCAGGUGCAUCUGAGCACACCACAGCACCCCCAACAACCUCUUCAUCCUGAGCCUGGUCAUCUGCUCUGGACUGUUACAGAGGGAUAAGCAGCACAUUCCCCUGGUUCCUAAUAAAAACAAAACAAAACAAAACAAAAAACCUUUAAA